AUGCUCCUCCCGCGCCCUACUCUGCUCGUACUCGCCUCGUACAUAAGCCUAGUGCUGGCCAAGAAUUCAGACUUGACGGCCUGUCUGGCCCGGAUUCAAAGCGGCGCGCUCGUCUUGCCCCCCAAUAGCACCCUGGACAGCACAGGACGACCUACAAAUGCAACCAACGCCACAGCGAUACCCUACUCCGUAUGCGUACGGGAAUGCGGCCCGUACCCGGCUGCGUUUGACUGGACCACCUUCAGUACCAAUUUCAGUACCUGGAUGCUCCCAUGGCUCGCCUUGUUAUCGCAGUUGCCUUUUGGCUCCCGGCAAUGGCCGAACAUCAUGUCCGUCCUCUUGACGCUCGGGUCCCCAGCGCUAGCCGCAUAUUCGCUCAUCUUAUGUGUGUUCAACUGGAACUGGGUGCCCAGCGCUUUCAAGGGGAUCGACUACCCGAACGUCGUAUCCGCGUGUCUUGUCCUAGGAAGCCUGCAACAUGUGCCGUUACAGGUCGAUCAGACGCCUGCGUUGCUCGCCGGUCUUGUGGUAUUACCCGAGAAUGAUCAGUGGUGGCACACUAUGGACGAGGGACUGAACUACCAAGAGGAUUGGUCGACUGCCUUGUUCCUGCAGAUCGUCUGGGUAGUGGUUGCUUACGUCUUCACCAUCAUGAGCGCAAUGGGAGAAGGUCCCGACGACUUUCAGACCAGUGGACGGGGAACGAGCACGCUGUUCGUGUGGUUGUUAUUCUUGGUGAUAGGAUGGCAACGUUUUCUCCCUCGGUGCGGCUACGCGCGCGUUAUCGACGUACUUCGGCAGGCAAAUACGCAAGUGUACGAGGCGCUGAUGGCACCACCGAUCUCGACGGGACUUAACGCUCAAACUCUCCCGUCGCCACGCGUAAGAGGUGAAGAGGCGCAUCGCCGACGAGACCGCGAGAACGCUCAAUAUAUGUUUCUGAGGAAGCGCAGCGACAGUUUUCCUUUUUGUCUUACUGGCGAGUACAGAGGAGAUCAUGAUGCCGGCGCGUCUAUCUACAGCUACGCGCGUCUUAUACCGUGGUCCAAGAACGUCGAGCUGGUCGCUGGAGCCUUCCGCGCUGCUGCUCACGUAGCAGCGGUCCGUGAUAUUGACGUUUGGAAACAGGACGAUGCUCGUCGGAACUCAUUGCCGCAGGUCAUGAGCAUCAUACGACAUUACGUGCGGCCAAUUGACUGGAAGACGAUCCUCAAAUCUUGUAUGAUCGCAAACGUACUUGCCAUGGCUCUACACUGGGGAAACAUUGGUAGCGCAAUCUUGUACUUCUACGAUACACCCACGACAGGCUUGGGCUGUCGCAGUGGCGCCCUUCUUGUUUACGCGUGUCUUGGGACCAUUAUUCACAUCUUCAUGGUCGUAUCGUCAUUUCUCACCCAUCAUGCAUCGACGGAAGUACGAGAACGAAGACGCAACUCCAUUCGCGAACUCGCUCGCCCGGCAUUCCGACUAUCUCCGCAGACUAUAGGACUGUUUUCAACUGUACUACGCCGCACUGCGAAAGCGUUGGCCGCACUAAAUGCCAUAAUCAUCCUCGCAACAUGCAUGUCGCUCUUUUCAAACGUUUUUACCAAUUGCUGGUGCAAUGCGAGCUUCUUCCCCCACGGAUUUAGCACCUUCACCACCAUUGCGGUUCAGCCAUAUGACGAGGCUUCGAUGCUUCAAGGCUGGUCAUAUGCGAUGAUCUUUUCUUGGGGAUCGACCAUUGCGCUCAUCGUUUGUGUUUAUGCCUUUACCCGUCCGGUCAAACCAGCGGAUCAUUCCCGCCCACGAGACGCAGCAAUCGAGCGCAGGCGACGUGGCACUCAUCGGCGAGUUCCAGCGCAGACUCGAAGCUGA